UAUUUCGAACCAAACACAACGAUGACAACGAAGUUAACCAAAAUUUUACUGAUACUCGUGUUGUCCGCAUUGGUCGACACUCGCAGCUCUGCUCUACCGACCAAUGCGCAGAUUAUCGCUGUCAGCUGUAGCGGCAAGGAGGCCAUUUGUGUGGGCCCAGCCAGCUAUCAGCUCUGCGAAGCGGAUGUGGCCUACGGCGGAGUUAUUCCCUGUCCGGUCAACACACGUUGCAUCAGCGAUGGCAUGGAGAUCUGCGUGCCUCUCAAGUCUGAUGCAGAUGCAUCGUCUUCUGCUGCUGUUGCCAAGAUGACGACGGUUACAGAUGCGCCGCCGGCUCUGGGUGGCCUUGCAGCGAUUGUGGAGUCAACGACGAGUGCCGACGCCAAUGGCUUGCCCAGCACCACUGAAGGUCUUCCGACUAAACCAACCAAACCAACAACUGCUGCCCCAGUGACAAGCACAGAGUUGCCUUUGACGACUACAGCUGCGCCAGUUGAGACCACCACAGAUACUCCAUGGGAAACUACCACCCAACUGAUUACUGAGACCACAUCUGGCAAUACCAAUGCGCCUGAGUCAACAUUACCUGCCGUAACGGAGACUACAACAGAUGCUGCAUGGGACUGGGAUACCACAACAGUUGAACCCCAAUGCGCCUUUGAUCCCAACGCGCCAGUAGAUCCGAAUGCUCCAGUUGAUCCCAAUGCGCCUGUUGAUCCCAACGCGCCUGUCGAUCCCAAUGCGCCAGUUGAUCCCAACAUACCUGUAGAUCCGAAUGCUCCAGUUGAUCCCAAUGCGCCUGUUGAUCCAAACGCACCUGUAGAUCCAAAUGCUCCAGUUGAUCCCAACGCACCUGUAGAUCCGAAUGCGCCCGUAGAUCCAAAUGCACCAGUUGACCCCAAUGCACCAGUUGAUCCCAAUGCACCUGUUGACCCCAACGAGCCUGCGAAUCCAACUAGUCCAUCAGUCGAUCCCAAUAAUCCCGAAGACCCAAAUGCUCCAAUUAAUCCAACAUCGGAUCCUAACGCACCUGUGAGGCCCACUAAGCCAUCGGGAACCACCGCUUCUCCUGUAGAUCCCAUCUCUCCAGUUGACCCCAACGAGCCACUGACAACUACAAACGCCCCUCUCGACCCAAACAAUCCGCUUGAUACAACUGCUGCCCCUGGUGAGCCCAACACUACGAUCGACCCUAAUACGACAGAGGACCCCAAUGCGCCAGUUGAUCCCAAUGCGCCAGUUGAUCCCAAUGCGCCUGUUGAUCCCAACGCGCCUGUAGAUCCCAACGCACCAGUUUGA